AUGUCCGUGCACCUCACCACAGCUCUGCAUGUGACUGGGACCAGCUUCUUUGCCCUGCUGGUGCUGGGGGGCAUCCUGGCCGCCUACGUCACUGGCUACCAGUUCAUCCACGCUGAGAAGCACUACCUGUCCUUUGGGCUGUAUGGCGCCAUCCUGGGCCUGCACCUCUUUAUCCAGAGCCUCUUCACCUUCCUGGAGCACUGGCGCAAGGGGCGCCCAGUAAAGGUGCUGCAUGCUGUGGUCCUGUGCAUUGUGGCCUACCAGGAGGACCCUGAGUACCUGUGGAAAUGCCUGCACUCCAUGAAGUGCAUCUCCUUCCCUGCGCGCGUGGUGCUGGUGGUGGACGGCAACAGCCCCGACAACAUGUAUAUGCUGGACAUCUUCCGCGAGGUCAUGGGCUCCGAGAGUGCCGGCUGCUAUGUCUGGAAGAGCAACUUCCACGCGCGGGGCAAGGGUGGGACAGAGGAUGGGCUGCAGGAGGGUGUGGACCAUGUGCAGCACCUGGUGCAUGCCAGGCCCUACGCCUGCAUCAUGCAGAAGUGGGGCAGGAAGUGUGAGGUGAUGUACAGGGCCUUCCACGCGCUUGGCCACUCCAUCGACUACAUCCAGGUGUGUGACUCGGACACGGUGCUGGACCCCGCCUGCACGGUGGAGAUGCUGCGCAUCCUGGAGGACGACCCCCGCGUGGGCGGCGUCGGCGGAGACGUCCAGAUCCUGAACAAGUACGACUCGUGGAUCUCGUUCCUGAGCAGCGUGCGGUACUGGAUGGCCUUCAACGUGGAGCGGGCCUGCCAGUCCUACUUCGGCUGCGUGCAGUGCAUCAGCGGGCCGCUGGGCAUGUACCGCAACGCGCUGCUGCAGCAGUUCCUGGAGGACUGGUACCACCAGACCUUCCUGGGCAGCAAGUGCAGCUUCGGGGACGACCGGCACCUCACCAACCGCGUGCUGAGCCUGGGCUACCGGACCAAGUACACGGCCCGCUCCAAGUGCCUGACGGAGACGCCCACGCGCUACCUGCGCUGGCUCAACCAGCAGACGCGCUGGAGCAAGUCGUACUUCCGGGAGUGGCUGUACAACGCGCUGUGGUUCCACAAGCACCAUCUGUGGAUGACCUACGAGUCCGUGGUCACCGGCUUCUUCCCCUUCUUCCUCAUCGCCACCGUCAUCCAGCUCUUCUACCGGGGCCGCGUCUGGAACAUCCUCCUCUUCCUCCUCACCGUGCAGCUGGUCGGCAUCGUCAAGGCCACCUAUGCCUGCUUCCUGCGGGGCAACGCUGAGAUGAUCUUCAUGUCCCUCUACUCCCUGCUCUACAUGUCCAGCCUGCUGCCCGCCAAGAUGUUCGCCAUCGCCACCAUCAACAAGUCGGGCUGGGGCACCUCGGGCCGCAAGACCAUCGUGGUCAACUUCAUCGGGCUCAUCCCCGUCUCGGUGUGGGUGGCCGUGCUGCUGGGGGGCCUGGCUUACACCGCCUACAGCCAGGACCUGUUCAGCGAGACGGAGCUGGCCUUCCUCAUCUCGGGUGCCGUCCUCUACGCCUGCUACUGGGUGGUGCUGCUCAUGCUCUACCUGGCCAUCGUGGCCCGGCGCUGCGGGAAGCGGCCGGAGCAGUACGGGCUGGCCUUCCACGGCAGCCCUGGGCACGGGGCUGAGCCCGAGCCGUCCCCGCCGGCACUGCCAGCCAGAGCUGCCUCCGCCCUGGCCAGCCGGCGCUCCCAGGAGGAGCACGUGCAGAUCCGAGCCACGGGCCCAUGGUGCUUGUAUUGUACCCAUCCGUCCUUCGUCCAGAGGCUGUGA